CGUCAUAGUGGACGCUGAUGGCGUUUUGCGGGCACAAUCCACACCAGAUAUCUCUUCCUUUCACAAGGUAUCUCGAUCAGCAAAUUUGGUCUACGGGUCUGGAGACUAUUUAUAUAACUACGGAAUUGACUUUAGAAGAAGAUUUCACCUGGAUUCAACACUCAAUUCUCUGUAUCGGAGAUAGCAAAAUUGACUUCGGAAGUCAGGCGAGUUAAGCCCCUCUCUGGCCUCUCUGAAUCUGCACCAGGACCCCAGAAUUCGUUCCUGUCAAGGAUCAAGCGACGUGGCAGAACCUUGUACGCGGAGGCACGCACUAUCACGGCUUUUAAAAUGGCACCAAUCAUUUACCUCGUCCGCCACGCCGAGUCGGAGCAUAAUGUUUCCAAGGACCUCUCGCACAGGGACCCGCCCCUCACGACUCUAGGCAUCACCCAGGCAUCUGGCCUGACCGAAACAUUCCCCGAUUCUGGGUCAGUUGCCGUGGUCCUCACUUCUCCGCUUGUGCGCACACUGCAGACUACACUGGCUGGCUUUUCUCACGUGCUCGACAAGCACUGCGUCAAAGACGGCGGCAUAGACAAGGGCGCCCGGCUUAUCAUCGACCAGGACCUGCAGGAGCGCAGCGAUCUUCCCUGCGACACCGGAUCUGAACGUGCUGUGCUGGAGAAAGCGUUUCCUGCCCUUGACUUUAGCGUCUUGGGCGAUAACUGGUUCGCUAAGGAGGGGUUCUACACCACGGAUGAUGCCACUGUCGCAAAACGAGCCAGAGGAUUCCAGGAGAAGUUGCGGGACCUCGUUGAAUCCCUACAGAAGGACGAAGGUGCCGUUGCAGCGCGAAAGAACAUUGUUGUCGUCACUCAUGGCGUGUUCAUGAAGUUUCUGUCUGAGGAUAAAGCCAUUGAUCUUCCCAAGGCGGGGUGGAAGGCCUUCACGGUCGGCAAUGGGGUUAAGGGCGAGGCUGUGCUUGUGACCGUCGACUAAAGAACCGCUAAGACUCUUUCCCCCAAAUCGGGCAAGAAUUCAAUCAUGUGGAAUAGUUACAGUUUCAAUGGACACAAGCGUAGCAGAUCUAAAAUGGUGAUUCAGGUACGUAGCUAUGAUCUGGCUGGGCACGUUCGAGCCAGGCUCUGCGAGAGGAACGUGUUGACGCAUGGGAAUGAAUCACUGGGUAUUCCAGCGGAGGUCUUCAAACGAGGCACUUGUAAUAGCCUGUUGAUUAUCAGUCAAGAUAUAUUAGAGAUCGAGGUCGUCUUUAUUUACGGCGUUCACUUCCUGC